UUUCAAAUCGAUCUUCAUCAGCGUGUUGUGGUUUCAAAAUCUAUCUUCAUCAGCGUGUUGUGGUUUCAAAUCGAUUUUCAUCAGCGUGUUGUGGUUUCAAAUCGAUCUUCAUCAGCGUCUUGUGGUUUCAAAUCAACCUUCAUCAGCGUGUUGUGGUUACAAAUCAAUCUUCAUCAGUGUGUUGUGGUUUCAAACAAUCUUCAUCAGCGUGUUGUGGUUUCAAACAAACUUCAUCAGGGUGUUGUGGUUUCAAAUCGAUCUUCAUCAGCGUGUUGUGGUUUCAAACAACCUUCAUCAGCGCGUAAAUGCGUGUGCAUAUGGGGAGGUGUGGGUGGGGACACAUGCAGCACAGUUCUGGACAUAUUGUAGCCUGUUUAGGCACUUGGCAGAUGCAUUCCAACAGUCCAGAUAAAGGAUGUGUGGCUUUGCCAGCAGAACCUGGCAGUGUUCUGUAGAUGGAAUAAAUAAACUUUGGUCACAUUUUUGAUGUGGGCCUCAAACGAGAGCUGACUGUCAAAAAUCACACCCAGGUUGAGAACCUCCAUGGAGGGGAGGACCUUGACACCAUCAGUAUUGAGGUCGGCGAGCAGGUGUCCAGUGUUGAACGAAAUCUAAUUUACUCCAGCCUUAAUCAUUGUACACUAUAUAUACAAAGGUACGUGGACACCCCUUCAAAUUAGUGGAUUCGGCUAUUUUUAGCCACACCCGUUGCUGACAGGUGUAUAAAAUCGAGCACACAGCCAUGCAAUCACCAUAGACAAACAUUGGCAGUAGAAUGGCCUUACUGAAGAGUUCACGUGACUUUCAACGUGGCACCGUCAUAGGAUGCCACCUUUCCAACAAGUCAGUUCGUCACAUUUCUGCCCUGCUAGAGCUGCCCCGGUCCCUGCUAGAGAUGCCCCGGUCCCUGCUAGAGCUGCCCCGGUCCCUGCUGGAGCUGCCCUGGUCCCUGCUAGAGCUGCCCCGGUCCCUGCUAGAGCUGCCCCGGUCCCUGCUAGAGCUGCCCCGGUCCCUGCUAGAGCUGCCCCGGUCCCUGCUAGAGCUGCCCCGGUCAACUGCAAAUGUUGUUAUUGUGAAUUGGAAACGUCUAGGAGCAACAACGGCUCAGCCGCGAAGUGGUAGGCCACACAAACUCACAGAACAGGACCGGCAAGUGCUGAAGCGCGUAGCGUGUAAAAAUGGUCUGUCCUCAGUUGCAACACUAACUACAGAGUUCCAAACAACGUCAGCACAAGAAGUGUUUGUCGGGAGCUUCAUGAAAUGGGUUUCCAUGGGCGAGCAGCCGCACACAAGACUAAGAUCACCAUGCGCAAUCCCAAGCGUCGGCUGGAGUGGACUCUGCCAUUGGACUCAAUGGAAGCACGUUCUCUGGAGUGAUGAAUCACGCUUCACCAUCUGGCAGUCUGACGGACAAAUCUGGGUUUGGCGGAUACCAGGAGAACGCUACCUGCCCCAAUGCAUAGUGCCAACUGUAAAGUUUGGUGGAGGAGGAAUAAUGGUCUGGGGCUGUUUUUCAUGGUUCGGGCUAGGCCCCUUAGUUCCAGUGAAGGGAAAUCUUAAUGCUACAGCAUACAAUGACAUUCUAGAUGAUUCUGUGCUUCCAACUUCGUGGCAACAGUUUGGGGAAGGCCCUUUCCUCUUUCAGCAUACAUAAAUGGUUUGUCGAGAUCGGUGUGGAAGAACUUGACUGGCCCGCACAGAGCCCUGACCUCAACCCCAUCGAACACCUUUGGGAUGAAUUGGAACGCCGACUGCGAGCCAGGCCUAAUCACCCAACAUCAGUGCCAGACCUCACUAAUGCUCUUCUAGCUGAAUGGAAGCAAGUCCCCCGCAGCAAUGUUCCAACAUCUAGUGGAAAGCCUUCCCAGAAGAGUGGAUGCUGUUAUAGCAGCAAAGAGGGGGACCAACUCCAUAUUAAUGCCCAGGAUUUUGGAAUGAGAUGUUCGAUGAGCAGGUGUCCACAUACUUUUGGUCAUGUCGUGUAUGUAGAACAAAGCUAUUUAAAUAAAUGGUAUUCACGCCACCCACCUACCUGAUACCAUUGGGUCAUCGCCCUCUGCUCUCAGGUAUACAUCCUCUUCUGGGAUGGAUGCAGUAGCUCAAUUGAUGUUCUCUUAAAACUUCUUCAGUGUUGUCUUCGUAGUUCGGUUUUUGGACAGCCGGUGUGACAAGUAGAAACAUAAAGUCAUCAUGUUGGUCCCUGUGUUGUGUUGCAGGGUCCAAGCAGUACCAGACAUUUUACAUUUACAUUUUAGUCAUUUAGCGACUUACAUUUUAGUGAGUGCAUACAUUUUUCAUACUGCCACCCCCCCACCCCUAGACUGUGUUAGACUGUGUGUGUUUGAUUGUGUGUUUGAUUGUGUGUUUGAUUGUGUGUUAGACUGUGUGUGUGACGGCUUUGUGUUGUGUUGCAGGGUCCCAGCAGUGGCAGACCUGAGGAAGAACUGGAGCGUCUCACCAAGAAGAUGCUUUGUGACAUGGACAACCCUCCGGCUGAGGAGUACUUU